AUGGCCGACUCCAGCGUUCCCCGCGUUUGGGUUCAAUCCAACGACAACGCCACCAUUGCGAUCGACCGCCCCGUCGCCGAGCGUUCCAUGCUCAUUCGCAACUUGAUCGAGGAUAUCGGUGACGAGGGUAUCACCGCUGAUACUCCCAUUCCCAUCCCCAACGUCAACGAGGCUGUUCUUCGCAAGGUCAUUGAGUGGUGCGAGCACCACCGCAACGAUCCUCCCCAGACCCAGGACGACGAUAACGACGCGCGCAAGAAGACCACGGAGAUUGAGGAGUGGGACCAGAAGUUCAUGCAGGUUGACCAGGAGAUGCUCUUCGAGAUCAUUCUCGCCUCCAACUACCUUGACAUCAAGCCCCUUCUCGAUGUCGGCUGCAAGACUGUCGCGAACAUGAUCAAGGGCAAGUCGCCCGAGGAGAUCCGCAAGACGUUCAACAUUACCAACGACUUCACGCCCGAGGAGGAGGAGCAGAUCCGCCGUGAGAACGAGUGGGCCGAGGACCGCUAA